UUCCUUUGACCGCCUCGCGCUCGCCGCUGCGCCCCUCGCAUCGCCUCCACCACGCCCCAGCUGGCUUGGCGACAUCGUGACGCCCGAAAUACAUACGCUCCCGCAGACGCAGCCGAGCGCGGAGGACAUGAGCGAGCAUGACACGCCCGCACAUCGUCAGAGCUGAUACGCUGGAUCUCCAGGACAAGUCGUCGCCGACCGCCCAGGACCACACCAACCAGCCCAGCCACCCAGCGCCGCUCGGCAUCGGCCCUGCUGCACCGCACCAAGAGGCCUCGCUGCGUCGUGUCGAGGACGAGCGCUCCGACGAAGAGGCGCACCUGCAACAUGCCAUGCAGGGCGACACCAACGGCCUGCAGCAUGACCCCGCCUCCGACGACGAGAGCACCGUCGCAGUCAACGGCCACGCAGGCGACAAUGCUGCUGUCCGGCUGAACGGCGGCAUGAGUGGCGAAGGCGACGAUGCAGACAUGCAAGACGCCGACGCCGAGGAAGACCUGGACGACAUGGACCGCAUCUCGAGUUCACCCUCGAUAUCCGAUGAGGACAUCGAUUUCGAAUUCGUAUACUCCCUGCAUACAUUUGUUGCCACUGUUGAAGGGCAAGCAAAUGCUACCAAAGGCGACACUAUGGUAUUGCUUGAUGACAGUAACAGCUACUGGUGGCUGGUUCGUGUCGUGAAAGACAACAGCAUUGGGUAUCUUCCCGCGGAGCAUAUUGAGACCCCUACCGAACGACUGGCUCGGUUGAACAAACACCGGAACAUCGACCUCUCUGCGACUAUGCUUGGUGAUACGGCCGAGAAGACUAAGAAUCCAUUGAAGAAGGCGAUGCGACGGCGGAACGCCAAGACCGUGCAAUUUGCACAGCCACAAUACUUUGAACCGUCUGACUAUGAUUAUUCCUCGGAUGAAGAUGAUGGCGACGAACUGUUCGGUGGAGCGGAUCCAACCAAGGCAGCAGCACAGCAGCAGCAACAGCAAGCCUCGGCCGAAAAAGAGUCAGAACAAGACGACAAUCUCAAGGUCCAACCGCUCAAGGUGAAUGGCUCAAAGGAUGGCCAGGGCAAAUCGGAGGCCGAGACGGGUGAUCCCGCGGACGAAUCUGCGAAAGGUGCUUUGGAGAAGCAGCGCAGCAGUGAUGAGAGCUUUGACAAACCCUUGGAUCCGAAGGUUUCUCGCAACGGAACAAUGCGCAAUACAGAUUCUUUUUUCAAAGACGAAAACACCGAAACGCGGAAGAUCACACUCACACCGAACUUGCUACGGGAUGACUCAAGUACAUCUACUACUGGUUCUAGGGAACGUGGCCCUAGUCUAGAAAGCCUGGAGAAGAACGGGUUCGCGGACAAAGUGAAAGACGAUAAGAAGAAGAAGGAAAAGAAACCUGGAAUGCUUAGUGGGCUUUUUAAGCGCAAAGAUAAGAAGGGCAAAGUUGUUGGUAUGGAUUCCAUCGAUAGCGACGCAGAACCGUCUUCGAAGCAAUCAGAAGAGUACGGUCGCGAGUCACCACAAUCGAAGCCCUCUGAUGAGUUCUCCACGGAACGUGCAUCCUCCGAACAGAGUGCCGCUCCAUCGAGACAGUCCAGCAAGGGGAAGCUACAGAAACCAAACCGUGGUAGGGAAGAAUCACCAUCCAAAGUGAAGGGUAUCCUUAAGAUGGACACUCCUGAGCCUUUGGCAAUGCAAUCAACAUCGGCAAAGGAGCCGGUUGCCGGUCAAACAGCCACACAAUCCACUUCGACCAUGCGUUUGGUACCUUCAGAAGAACCUUCUGUCGAAGAGCGCGCGGUUUCGCCCGAGAAACCUUCGCCAUUGAAUACUACAGUCGCGAAACUCAACCCUCUUAACAUUACCAAAGUUUCACAGAACGGAGAGACGAAACCCGAGAAGGUUAAGAAGGCCAAGCAGCGUGUACAGUUGGAUGACUUCGAUUCUGAUGACGAGAAAGACCCGUUCGCCGACCCGGCAAUGCAAACGCAGUCAGCCCAACAGAGCGAGCCAGAGCCAACCGGAAGACUCUCCGAAUCUCCCGUGCAUGUGUCGGCAGCCGACGCUCAGCCGCCAGCGAAAGAGAACACGCAAGACAAAGAUCAGGAAUCCGACUCUCAGCAACCUCCAGGCCUCACAGGUGACACUUCUAGUCAAGAAACGAGCUCUCCCAUAUCUACACCGACGCCUGACGACAGUCCCGCUACAACGCAACCGAGCAAACCAACCAUCGCGACUUCCCAAGCUGCAACAUCGCCGGAUCCUGCGGAACCCACAUCUGCUUCGUCGUUGAUGCCGCCGCCCUCGCGACCCGCGCCUGUCCCAGAGAAGGCAAUGGACGUUUCGCCGCCCAACUCUUCCGAAAGCACAGCUUUACCUGCGUGGUCAGACCAUUCGCUACGUACAUACCUCGACGACGGAAGCGACAUCAGGGACAUGCUACUGGUAAUCAAUGACACCACAGGCGUUGUCCCAGUUGGUCCCGAACACCCCAUCAUGUCUCAGCUGUUCGUCGAAGAAACGAAGACCGUGUCUGGUUUGAGCACCCAGCUUGACUCACUGUUGAACGGGCUGUUAGAAAAGCGACUGAAGAGGUCGGUGUCGGGAUCAGAUAAAGGAUCGAGUCCUGUUACUGGCAGGUAGUACGACGUGGCAUGACACUGAAACGCAGACUGGAGAGCUGUUGUGACGCUUUAAUGUACGAUGACGCUUUGUGGAAGUAUACCCCUUUAUAUUCGAAAAGAUCAUGUUGGGUUUGGGACGGUUUUUGAAACGGAUUGGCUCUUUGGCGCUCACCCUCC